GAGCAUGCUCCUCAUUUUCAAUACAAGAAUUACAAAACCCUAGUUCCCGCCAAAUCAAUUGGCGCGAGUUCCAUAAUCUUAUCCUAUUUCUUGAUCUACGGCAAACUCAUCUAGAUCCGAUCUCGAGAGCUCUCAUUUCACACCUCCACUGCUUUAUCGUUUUCCCCGUCGGUGCUGGAGCACGGGCUUCAAUCUCAGGCAGGGGAAGAUAACUUCAAGUUUAGUUAAUGCAGCUGAGGAGUAGCAGUCAUUUAAACUUUAUUCAAGCUAUAAGGGCUGGUGUUGUUGAAAAAAUAUGUAACAUGGAUUCUGGUGGAAAGCCUGCUCUUGUCUUCAAGAACUUGAAGGAUAUAUAUGGAAGUGAAGAUUCCAAAAACCUUACUGAUCUUUCAAAUCUUCAAGAAAAAGACAGGAAUGAAGAUUCUUUAUUUGAUUGUCACAGGGUCAAAACUGAUAAUCUCGUGGAGAGGAAAACUAAGGAAAGAGAGAUCUACAUGAAUGAGUUUGAUCACAACUCUGAUGAUACUGAAGACGCCAGUGAUUCUGAUGAUUUUGUCUUAGAGAAAAUGACACUGAAAGAGCUUAAGGAGCAUUGCAAAAUAAAGAAAAGGAAGGUUUCUCAUUCUGUUUGUGUGAUUCUGAAACAAGAUUAUACUGAUUUGCAGCAAGAAGAAGAUAAAUGUGAUCUCAUGGAACCUAUCUGUAACUGGAAAUCAAAGCAUUCAAAGAAUUUGAAGAGGAAAAGUAAUUGCAAGACAGAAUGUGUUUCUCCACCUUCUAGAAGUACAUGUCCAGUCAAAUCGGAGCAAAUUCUGGAUGUUGAAGAUUCUGUGUUAUCUAGUGCCAAAUCAGAGCAGAUUCUGGAUGUUGAAGACUCCGUGUUAUCUAUUGUCAAAUCAGAGCAGAUUCUGGGUGUCGAGGACUCCAUGUUAUCUAGUACGGUUAUACCUGCACCUAUUAACAUUGAAGUUGAGGUUUCUGGAAUGGAGAACUUAGAGUGCAGUAAUAUGGUUCCUGUUUCUGAUGACUCUUCAAUUGAUUGCAGUGAGAGUGGUUUAUGUGGAGAUGUAACUAGUGAAACUACUGCAACUGUAAAGACUGAGCCAAAGAGUGGGGAACUAAUCUCCUCAACAGAAGAUUGCCAAAAUUGCGUUCUUUCUGAAAUUUCUUAUGAAUGUUUGGAGCAUAUUCUUCCUUUGAUUGAUGCUGAGAAUGUGGGGGCAGGUACGCCAAUGAACUUUCAACAGUUUCCACUUUUGUCCGCAUCAGAAAAUGGAGAAGGAUAUAUUGACCAUCCAUUUUUUGAAGAAACCUCUCCACAAAAAACUUGUCACGGCGUGGGUCAAGAGUCAAAUUCGUAUAUUUACUCCCAGAGCAAUUCAUCUAUUUAUGAAACUUCAGUCCAGGCUAGUGAUAUCUCUGGACUUCAAGUGCCUGAUGCCCCCAAAUAUUACAGUGAGUGUUGCUCAGAACUAAGUUGUGGGGCUGAUUCAUGCAAGUUGGAGGAUGGCAUUGAUAAAACUUUGCCUCCAAAUCUUCGAACUGAUUCUCCAACUAGCCCCUUUAGUAAUUGUAACUCAUCUUCAAAUUCUAACACUUAUUUUAAUCCUGAAGUUGUUUUGGCUUCUGUCGAGGAUGAACCACCUGCAACUGAGAAGCCACCUGUAACUUCUGUCAGUGCUGAUACUGCCAGAAAUAAUUUGAGUUUUGAUAACAAUCCAGUUGCUUUUAGAGAUACUUCAGUGAGUGAGGGGAAGCGGCCUCCAACAUCUGCCUUCAGUGACACAGAAAUCAACUCCCCUGAAAGCAGUCGCAAUAGUGUAUGCGAGUUCUCAGUGCCAGAGAACAAGAACCAUCAUCAUCUGGAGCAGCACCAUCCCCCUGAGAGGCUUCUUUCAACAAGAAAAGCCAUUUCUCCAACUUCUCAGGAAAAGCUAUGUCAGGCAAUGAAAGGCGUGGAAUUAACUGAAGACAAGUACCAGUAUAAAUGCCAGGAGGAACUCCAGUUCAGCAAAGAAACUGAAGAUAAGGCUUCACCACUGGGACUAGAUGCUGAUGGUGCUGAAGUGAAUGCAAGUCCAAGAGAGCCCGCACAGUUCAGUGGAAUCAAAGUUGUUAUAACCCCCAAGAAGAUAACUAAAAAGCCAAAGAGUGAAAGAAAGGAUUCUCCACCUAAAGGCAUUGAAAAGGGUGUCCAUCUUCUCACUCCCUACCUCAUCUUAGCUGGGGCAAUAUCAAUCCAGAGUUGUUCUGAGAGUGCCAUCACAUUUUCACAGCGGCAGAUGCAUGACAUUGAAUGUCUUGCCAAUAAGCUAAUGGAGGAGUUGAAAUCAAUGAAGGACAUAGUUGAAGGACAACUGUACUCUAAAGCAAUUCCCUCUACAUUCUUGAAAUAUGAUGUGGAUAAGGUGAGCAAAGCUGUCAAAAGUGCAACAAAAGUUGAAGAAACAACAAAGAAGUGGCUAUCCAUGAUGGCUAGGGACUGCAACCGAUUUUGUACACUCAUGAAACUGACCAAGAAGGAUGAGGGUGCAAGUGGGAAUGAAAUCCACAGGGAGAGGAAGAAAAUCAAAUUUGCUGAUGAAGCUGGUGGUGUGCUUUGCCAUGUCAAGUUUAUAGAGGAUAGCGUAACUUCUCCAGAUUCUGAAAGUUCAAAAUAGGGUAUAUACCCUAAAUCCUGAGCAAUAGUUGUUGUACAUUGAUAUCGUAAGUUACUAAAAGCCUUUUGGUUGGCGAGUUGUUGUGUAACUUGCAUAAAUUAGUAUCAUGAGAAAUUAAAUUAUUCAAAUAACAAAAAUUAUCUUGCAAAAUAUUCAAGCUGCUCAAUUUCGUUCCUCCUAAUUAUUUGGUU